CCGCGGCAGCCGCGUGGACCCACCCGGGGCCGGCCGCGGAGGGACGGGCCGGAGGCUGCUCUGCGCGCUUCUCUCCGCUGUCAACCUGGUGCUGAAUCUUGAACCUGUGAAAUGCCUUCUUAAUACAUUCGAGAAAAGGAUCCUGGUUGAGUCAUUGCUUUACAUUAUAACUUAAUGCUUUUCAUAAACCUAAGCUAUGCCCACUGUUGAGAGUGAAGCCAAACUGAAAACCAAAGUUCGCUUUGAAGAAUUACUUAAAACCCACAAUGACCUCAUACGUGAAAAAAAAAAGCUGAAGAAAAAAAUUGUUAAAUCUGGAGAAAAAAUAUCUCUUGACACUGUAAGAAGCAAUCUUCAGAAUAUUAGAGAAAUUGAAAGUGAUGAAGUAAGUGCUACUAGCACUAAUAAUCCAAAGAACAUGGGGGUCACUAAAAACAAAUCCAGGAAUCUGCAGUCAACAACUGAAAAUGCAGAUGAUGAUGGUAGUGUAGAGGAAGACAAGCAGGAAAUGGAGCACAGGAAGGUUAUCAAAACAGCGCGCCAGGUGACUGCACAGGAGAUGGACCUAGAGGCUCCUGAGAAGAAGCUGGGUUCCACUCCUCAGAAAGCACAAAAAAAGGCACCACCAACGGUUGUUCAUCAGAAAAUUGAGAAGGCAGAUGAAGAAAGAGAACAUCAAAAUUUAGAUGAAGAAGAAGAUGAACUAAUGCAAAUGUACCAGGUCCAAGUGGCUGAAGAAAUGGCAAAGGAGAUUAAGAUGAAAAUAAGGAAGAAACUCAAAGAGCAGUUGACUUUCUUACCUUCAGAUACUUCAUUGCAUGAUGACAAACUGAGCAGUGAAAAAAAGAAAAAGAAAAAAAAGAAAGUUCCAGUCCUAUCUAAAGAUGAAACAAGUACAUUGACCAAGUCUGAUGACACAGUUGAAAAUGAGCAAAAAAAGGAGUCUGCACCCGGAAUUGUUAUUUCUGAUUCUCAUCAAAAUGAUGAAAUAAAUUCAAUGUUACAAAAUGUAGAAGAUAGCAUCAAAGAAGACACAAAAUCCAAACCCCCCAAGAAGAAAAAGAAGGCCAAAGCAGUUUCAGGUGAUAAUGAAGACACUGAUGGUGAUGGUGUUCAUGAAAUAACAAGCCAGGACAGUCCACUUUAUCCCAAACGUUUGCUUGAUGAUGACCUUGUCCUGGGAGUUUACAUUCACCGAACUGAUAGACUUAAGUCAGAUUUUUUGAUUUCUCACCCAAUGGUAAAAAUUCAUGUGGUUGAUGAGAAUACUGGUCAAUAUGUCAAGAAAGAUGAUAGUGAACGGCCUGUUUCAUCUUACUAUGAAAAAGAGAGUGUGAAUUAUAUUCUCCCUAUUAUGACCCAGCCAUAUGAUUUUAAACAGUUAAAGUCAAGACUUCCAGAGUGGGAAGAACAAAUUAUAUUUAAUGAAAACUUUUCCUAUUUGCUCCGUGAUGUUGAUGAGAGCCCAAAAGUCAUCUUGUUCUUUGAGAUUCUUGAUUUCUUAAGCAUGGAUGAAAUUAGAAAUAACUCUGAAGUUAAAAACCAAGAAUGUGGCUUCCGGAAAAUUGCCUGGGCAUUUCUCAAGCUUCUAGGAGCCAAUGGAAAUGUAAACAUCGAUUCAAAACUGCGCUUGCAGCUAUAUUACCCACCUGCUAAACCUCGCUCUCCUUUAAAAGUGGUUGAAGUUUUUGAAUGGUGGUCAAAAUGUCCAAGGAAUCGUUAUCCAUCAACAUUGUAUGUAACCGUAAGAGGACUAAAAAUUCCUGAAUAUAUAAAGCCAUCUUACCGUUCUAUGAUGGCUCUUCAGGAGGAAAAAGGUAAACCAGUGCAUUGUGAACAUCACCAUGAAUCAAGUUCAGGAGACUCAGAACCUGGAAUAGAAGAUUCAAAGGAAGUUGUAAAGUGGAAACGACUACCUGGGCAGGCUUGCCGUAUCCCAAACAAGCACCUCUUCUCACUAAAUGCAGGAGAACGAGGAUGUUUUUGUCUUGCUUUCUCCCAUAAUGGAAGAAUAUUAGCAGCAGCUUGUGCUAGCCGGGAUGGAUAUCCAAUUAUUUUAUAUGAAAUCCCAUCUGGACGUUUCAUGAGAGAAUUAUGUGGUCACCUUAAUAUCAUUUAUGAUCUUUGCUGGUCAAAAGAUGAUCGCUAUAUACUUACUGCAUCAUCUGAUGGCACUGCCAGGAUUUGGAAAAAUGAAAUAAACAAUACAAAUACUUUCAGAGUUUUACCUCAUCCUUCUUUUGUUUACACGGCUAAAUUCCAUCCAGCUUUGAAAGAACUGGUGGUUACAGGAUGCUAUGAUUCUGUGAUACGGAUAUGGAAAGUUGAUAUGGGAGAGGACCCUGCAAUUCUGAUUCGACAGUUUGACACUCACAAGAGUUUUAUCAACUCUCUCUGUUUUGAUACUGAAGGUCAUCACAUGUAUUCAGGAGACUGCACAGGAGUGAUUGUUGUUUGGAAUACAUAUGUCAAAGUUAAUGAUGUACAACAUUCAGUGCACCACUGGAGUGUAAAUAAGGAAAUUAAAGAAAGUGAGUUUAAAGGGAUUCCAAUAAGUUAUUUGGAGGGUCAUCCCAAUGGAAAACGUUUGUUAAUACAUACCAAAGAUAGUACUUUGAGAAUUAUGGAUCUCCGACUAUUAGCAGCAAGGAAAUUUGUAGGUGCAGCAAAUUAUCGAGAGAAGAUUCAUAGUACUUUGACACCAUGUGGGACUUUUCUCUUUGCUGGAAGUGAGGAUGGCGUAGUAUAUGUUUGGAACUCAGAAACAGGAGAACAAGUAGCAGUGUAUUCUGACCUGCCUUUCAAAUCACCUGUUCGAGACAUUUCUUAUCACCCACUUGAAAACUUGGCUGCAUUUUGUGCAUUUGGGCAGAAUGAGCCAAUUCUUUUGUAUAUUUAUGACUUCCAUGUUGCCCAACAGGAGGCUGAAAUGUUGAAAAGCUACAAUGGAACGUUUCCAUUACCUGGAAUACACCAAAGUCAAGAUGCUUUAUGUACUGGCCCUAAACUGCCACAUCAAGGCUCUUUUCAGAUUGAUGACUGUGUCCACACUGAAACCUCAUCAUUGAAGAUGCAGCAAGUGAAACAGAAACUUGAUUCUGUCACAGAGGUGAUAAGAGCCUCUGCAGCAAAGGUCAACAAAAAUCUCUUGCUUACUUCAACAUCAGUCUCUUCACAACAGACUAAGUUAAAACAGUCAAACAUGCUGGACGCUCAUCAGAUUCUACGUCAUUUUGGUUUCACUGAGACUGGUGUCAGCACAGUAAGAAAACCUUGUAACCAUCAUAUAGAUACAGCACCAACGGUAGUGGCUCUUUAUGACUACACAGCGAAUCGAUCAGAUGAACUAACCAUCCAUCGCGGAGACAUUAUCCGAGUGUUUUUCAAAGAUAAUGAAGACUGGUGGUAUGGCAGCAUAGGAAAGGGACAAGAAGGUUAUUUUCCAGCUAAUCAUGUGGCUAGUGAAACACUGUACCAAGAACUGCCUCCCGAGAUAAAGGAGCGAUCUCCUCCUUUAACCCUUAAAGAAAAAAACAAGAUGGAAAAACCUUUUUUGGCUCCUCAGAAGAAGUCACUCAAGAAAGACAGGUCCCAGGAUUUCAGGCCGGGUUCACACUCUACAGCACACUCUGAAAUGAGCAGAGAACAAACCCUUGAGGACCGAGGACACAUCAUGGACAUGCAGGUGAAGAAGAAUGAGCAAACAUGCUGAAAAGUCACUUUAAUAGAGUAAAGCAUUGAAGAAUGAAGAUUCAAGAAGCACAUAAACACACAUAAACAGAAUGACAAUUUAAAUCAAAUCAAAUUUCUUCAAAGUUCAGAAUUUUGAGACACUAAGGGGAAAGGAAGGACUCUCUACUCUGCAUCCUUAAGAAAGAAUCUAGAAAAAUCUAAAAUAAGGUAUGGGUAGAAAAGUAAAUGUGGCCUUUUGAAGUUAAUUGUUAUAAACCUUUGUGUCUCUUGUUGGUCAAAGUAUUUACUUUUAUUUAUUUAUAAUUACAUCAAAAUUACAUUACCACUAUUAGAAAACCAAUAAAGAAAAAGCAUAAUUGUUACCAGCAAAUGUGAAGGUAAAGUGUUUGCAUUGUUAAAAUGUCUGUUAAGUAAUAAUUUAAUAUUAUUGUAACUGUAAUGUGGUUAUAUGUGAAAGUUUUUUGCUCAGAAUAUGAAAUAUGUGCUUUUGAAAUUUAUUUAAAGGAACAUUGGUUAGUCAAAAUGGUCCCAGUAACAAAAACUUUAAAAGGGAACAAUUUGCCUUUUAGAAUUAAAAUUUGUGUUUGUUUCAAAUGAAUCGUAGAUAUAAUUUGAUACACAUAAACUAAAAGUGGCAUGUGGCCAGACCAACAACAACAGUGUUCCACAUGACUUUUUAGAAAAAAGAAUUUCCUAUUUAAGCAUAUCAGUGAUUUGUAUGCUAAUAUUGUUUAAUAUUUAUUUUAGUCUUAAUAUUUGUUUUUAUAUUAUUACAUUGCCUAUUAAAGUGUGAUUUUUUUUUCUUUUUGUUUUCUAUGUGAUUAUAAAUCUGUCAAUAAAAUAUCAACUCCAAGAAAGUCAAGACUAAUAUAAAAUUAGAAAGCUUAUUUACCAAAGCAGACAAUUGAUUACAUUAAAAUAAGAAGUGAGAAAAAGCAUGCUGAGCAUUGAGGUGUAAAUUUUACCCGAUGUGAAAUAUCUUCUAGUGAAAAUAUGUUUGGCUCUUAUCCCUGCACAUGUUGUAGAGGCAUGAAAAUUGGUAAACAUGCCCCUGCUCUGUGGACUCUGACAAAGGGAGGGGUCUCUUAAGUGGUGUGUGGCACCAGCAGCAGCUGAAGGCCUUAGCAAGGAGCCCAGGGGUGGUCUCUGCCAACAGCGCUUGCCCCCUGGUUCUGGAUGCAGGUGCCAUCUGCGCUUCAGGUACAGCUGGGCUUGAGUCCCCCUUAUUUUUUCUCUCUCGUGAAUGCCCUUGAUGAUUAAAAAAUAAAAAUAUACAU